AUGCGAGCUCUUAUUGGUCUACGCGAUGUGUCUAUUUUAGCAACCUUUAUACUUUCUACAUGUGCUUUGGCAGGAUUACAACUGUAUAGCGGUGUUCUUCGACAAAAAUGUGUACCGACUUAUGAAUCGUUUUUAAAUAAUUCCAAUGUUUAUGGUGUACAAUUAAAUAUGUCAUUUGAAUUCUAUUUGGCAGAAAUUGAUAAUGAAAGUAUGUUAAAAAAAUUUUUUUUUAAAGAUUAA